AUGUCCAUUCCCGACGGCUUCGAACCUCCCACUCCUCCUCGCCAAGUCAACGGCGGCGCCAACGGCCCAUCCGCACCAAAUCUCAAUGGCUUCCCUAGUGCCAUCAAUGGCCGUGCCAAUGGCCAUGCCAAUGGCAUCACCAACGGCCACACCAAUGGGCACCGUGUCAACGGCCACGACGCGGAUAGCAGCGCUAACGAACGGCGCCCCCUCCGCGCCCGCGCCCCCAAAGUCAUGCCCAUCGCCAUCAUUGGCAUGUCCUGCCGUCUACCCGGCAACAUCUCCAGCCCUGCUGAAUUCUGGGAGCUCAUCGCCCGUGCACGCGGCACCUGGACCCCUAUCCCCGAGAACCGCUUCAAUCCCGCCUCCUUCCAACACCCUAACCCGGGCAAGGCAGGUACCGCCAAUCCUGCGGGCGGGUGCUUUCUCAGCACCGACUUCAAGGCCUUCGACGCCCCCUUCUUCAGUCUGACAGAGAAAGAGGCCAUCUCCCUGGACCCUCAGCAACGCCUGCUCCUCGAGUGCGCCUUCGAGGCCCUCGAGAAUGCUGGUGUUCCCAAGCAGGAAAUUGUCGGCAAGGAUGUCGGCGUCUUCAUUGGCGGCUCGUUCCCAGAGUACGAGUCCGCUCUCUUUAGGGAUUCGGACACGAUCCCCAUGCAUCAAGCGACUGGUUGCGCAUACGCCAUGCAGUCCAACAGAAUCUCCCACUUCUUCGACCUCCGAGGCCCUAGCUUCACCACAGACACCGCCUGCUCCUCCAGUCUGGUAGCCCUCCACACUGCUUGCCAGAGCCUGAGGAUGGGCGAGUCUGGCAUGGCCAUUGUUGGCGGUUGCCACCUUAACAUGCUGCCCGAGUUUUGGGUUUCCUUCUCCAAGUCCAGACUCUUCUCCGACCAAGGUAGAUCCUUUUCUUUCGAUGCCAGGGGCACCGGUUUCGGCCGCGGCGAAGGCUGCGCGCUUCUUAUUCUCAAGCCUCUAGACCAGGCGAUCCGGGAUCGCGACACCAUUAGGGCUGUCAUCGCCGGCAGCGGCAUCAAUCAGGACGGAAGGACUCCCGGUAUCACCAUGCCUAAUGGAGAGGCCCAGGAGGCCCUCAUGAAGCAGGUUUACGAGAACGCCGGUCUUGACCCCUUCGAGUGUGGGUUCGUCGAGGCCCACGGUACCGGCACUAAGGUCGGCGACCCCAUCGAAGCCCGCGCCAUCCACAACGUUCUCGCCAAAAAGCGUACCGCCCGCGACCCCCUGCUUAUCGGGUCCGUCAAAUCAAACAUUGGCCAUCUUGAAGGCGCUUCUGGCAUCGUUGCUGUCCUCAAAGCUGCCCUCAUGCUCGAGCGUGGCUUCAUCAUCCCUAACCACGACUUCCAGAAGCCCAACCCAAAGAUUCCGUUUUCUGAAUGGGGCAUCAAGGUGCCACCCGGCCAGCGGCCCUGGCCCCGCAACAAGAAGUACAUCAGCGUCAACAACUUUGGCUUCGGCGGCACCAACGCUCAUGUCCAGGCGUUCUCCACCAACGGCCGCAAGCUGUUCAUUUUCUCAGCCAACGACAAGGCCUCGCUGCAAAGGGUUACGAAGGAGCUUGUUAUCUACCUCGAGCAGCGGCCCGAGAUGUUCGAGCUCGACCUCAUGGCCAGCGUAGCUUACACGAUUUGCCAAAGACGCUCCAUCCUCCAGUGGCGUCUCGCCGUCCCGGCUUCCAACUCCUUUGAGCUCGUCGAGCAGCUGUCCAAGGAGCAAAUCACCCCUGCCAAAGAAACCGAGCCCCUGCGUAUCGGCUAUAUCUUCACCGGCCAGGGUGCCCAGUGGUGGGCUAUGGGCCGCGAGCUUUACACCGAGUACCCCGUUUUCCGUGACAGCCUCGAUCGCGCCGACACCUGCAUGACUUCCAUGGGAGCCAACUGGUCCCUUGUCGAGGAGCUCAGCAGGGACGCCGUCACCUCCCAGGUUAACCAGGCCCAUAUCAGCCAGCCCGCCUGCACGGCCAUCCAGCUGGCGCUUACCGAUCUUCUCCGCUCUUGGGGAAUCAAGCCCAGCGCUGUUGCCGGUCAUUCCAGUGGUGAAAUUGCCGCUGCCUACGCUGCCGGCAUUCUCACCUUUGAUGCCUGUAUGACCAUUGCAUACCAUCGCGGCCGUCUCAUCCCCGUUCUCAAGCAAAAACACCCGGACCUCCGAGGCGCCAUGAUGGCUGUAGGCGGUAGCAAGGAGGAGUUUGCCCCACUUCUCGCCGACCUCAAGGACGGCGAGGCCCGCAUCGCCUGCUUCAACAGCCCCGGCAGCCUUACCAUCUCCGGUGACGAGCCCGCCGUUGCGGAGCUCGAGAAGGCCGUCGAGGCCAAGGGCCUGUUCAACAGGCGGUUGCAGGUCGAUGUUGCCUACCACUCGCACCACAUGAACCUUGUUGCCAAAGAGUAUCAGCAAUCCCUCGCCAACGUAGAGCGUCCCGUCACCACCGAUGUACGAUUCCACUCCUCCCUUCUCGGUAGACUAGCUGAGGGCACGGAACUCGAGUCCAGCUACUGGGUUCAGAACCUCACCUGCGCUGUCCGCUUCGCUGAGGCUGUCGAUGAUAUGGUCCAACCUAUAGGUGACCACAAGACUGGCGUUAAUAUGCUUGUUGAGCUCGGCCCGCAUUCCGCGCUCCAGGGCCCCGUCAAGCAGAUCCUCAAGGCCGCCGGCGCCAACGCUACCAAGAUACCUUACACCUCUGCCCUCGUGCGCAAGCGAGAUGCGGUCGAGACCGUCCUUGAAUUGGCGGCCAAGCUCUGGACAAAGGGCGCCACUCUCGACUUCCAGGCUGUCAACUUUGCCAACCCGCCUGCUAAGCCACCUGUCCUUCUUACCGACCUGCCCCGCUAUCCUUGGAACUACUCUACCGAGUACUGGCACCGCUCACGUCUAUGGGAGAAGCAUUCGUCGCGUACGGCCCCCAGGACCGACAUUCUUGGCACCCUUGCCCACUACUCCAACGAUUUGGAGCCUACCUGGAGGAACAUUGUCCGACUGGACGACCUACCCUGGCUACGCCACCACCAGAUCCAGUCCCUAACUAUCUUCCCCCUUGCCGGUUUCGUCACCAUGGCCCUUGAGGCUGCCGCUCAAAAGGCGCAGGAGGCUAGCGUGGAGUUCGACAAGUUUGAGCUACAAAAUGUCACUAUUUCGGCGCCUCUCGUCAUUCCCGACCAGGACGUCGAGAUGAACAUCACCCUCCGCGCGGUCGAGGAGGGUGUCUGGGAUGAGUUCCGCAUCUGCUCUUGGACCACCACUCAGGGCUGGAAGGACCAUUGCAAGGGCCUUAUUAGCGUCAGUGCUAGGGAGAUCAACAGUGUCAAUGGCAACAAGCUAGCUUUGGAUACUGAGACCACCCUCAACACUUCCAUCUCCGAGAUUGAUGCGGGUGCCGAGAAGAGCAUUGACCUCGCCAGAAUGUAUGAGAGCCUCGCUUCCAUUGGCGUAAACUACGGUCCCACCUUCCAGGGCAUCGACAGCUGCAAGGCCUCUCUUGGCUGCGCCUCGGGCACAAUCAAGGUCCCCGACGUUGCCAAGGAGAUGCCCAACAGCCAUGUGGUCAGCCCUAUUAUCAAUCCCUCUCUCCUAGAAUCUCUUAUUGAGAUGUACUGGCCUAUGGCCGCAUCCGAGGCCGGCGGCCUCAACACCGUCUACCUGCCGUCUUCCAUUGGCCGCAUGACCUUCUCCAAGGACGCCAUCGCCGCCACCAAGGAGCCCGGCAGCCUCCUGCAGGCGUACUGCCGCGGUUCUAUCUCCGUUACCAACCCCAAGCCAUCCAAGGUCUCCAUGUUUGCCACCAUCCCCGGCGCCAAGGAGGCCCUCAUCACCGUGGAUGACCUAACGGUAGCGCCUAUCCUAGAUCGCGAGGCCCAGUCCGACGGCAACUCUGCUAGGGAGCUUUGCUACAAGAUGGAGUGGGAGCCAGUCCUCACGCCGCUUCACCCCACCGACGGGUUCGAGAUGGUGGAGCCCCUCGAGAGCAAGCAUACAACCGAGGACGUCGUCAUCAUUCAUGGCGACUCGGACCUGCAGAGGGUCACCGCAGCCAAGCUCGCCACGGACCUUGAGGAGGCCACUGGGAAAAAGCCCGAGAUUGGUACGCUCUCGGAAAACGCCGCGGCCGGAAAGGUGUGCAUCUUCCUCAAUGAGCUUGAUCAGUCCCUCCUCACCGCCAUCACGGCCGAGCAGUUCGCCGCCGUGCAGAAGAUUAUCACUUCGGUGCAGGGCAUCCUUUGGGUCGUCCGUGGUGCCCUCAGCGGAUGCACCAACCCAGACGCCAACAUGGUCAUGGGCAUGAGCCGCAGCAUUCGCUCCGAGACCCUUCUUCCGUUCGCCACGCUUGACCUCGACUCUACCACGAGGUUGUCGGACGAUGAUUCGUGCAGGGCCAUCCUCGAGGUCUUCAAGUCGGCCUUUGGCUGCCGCGCCAGCGCCAACAGCGAACUCGAGUUCAUGGAGCGUGAGGGCGCCUUCUUCACUCCUCGCGUCGUCAAUGAUUUCGAGAUGAACGACUUUGUCCACAGGCAGACCAAGGAGGGAGUCCUUGAGCAGACAGCCUUUGGUCAGGACAAUCGCCCCUUGAAGAUGGCGAUGGGUACCGCCGGCAUCCUCGAGACCCUCCACUUUGUCGAUGACGAGAGCCGAUCGGUUGGCCUUGCCGCGGACGAGAUCGAAAUCGAGGUGAAGGCUGUCGGUUUGAACAGCAGGGAUGUCCUCGCCGUGGCUGGCAAACUCGCGGAUGAAGCCUAUGGUCAAGAAGCCAGUGGUAUCGUCACCGCCGUCGGUUCCGACGUCACCGAUAUUCAAAUCGGAGACCGCGUGGCGGCUCUGGCGCCCAACUCUCUGGCCAGCUUCGCACGUACUAAGGCGUACCUAGCCCUCAAGGUUCCUGCUGACAUGUCGUUCGAGUCCGCAGCCGCCCUGCCCAUCGCUUACUGCACGGCUUACUACAGCGUCGUCGAGCUCGCGCGCCUCUCCGCCGGUGACAGGAUCCUCAUCCACGCCGCGGCUGGCGCCGUGGGCCAGGCUGCCAUCACCAUUGCGCAGAUGGUGGGUGCUGAAGUUUUUGCCACCGUGGGGUCGGCGGACAAGAAGGAGCACCUCAUCUCGGUGUGCGGCAUCCCCGAGAGCCACAUCUACUACAGCCGUGACGCCAGCUUCGUGGACGCGCUCCGCCACCAGACCGGAAACGAGGGUGUCGACGUGGUGCUGAACAGCCUGCGCGGGUCCGUCGCCAAGGAGUCGUGGCGUUGCCUUGCCAAGUUUGGCCGGUACAUCGAGCUAGCUAAGCAGGACGGCGCCAGCGUAGAGAUGGCGUGCCUCCAAGAAAACAUCUCCUUUGCCACCGUCGACAUCUUUUCCGUCGUGUCUGAAAGGCCCAGGCUGAUCAAGAAGCUCGUCGGUGAGGUCGGCCGACUUCUGGAGACCGGCAAGGCCAAGGUCCCAUCCCCGUCAACGCGCCCCGCACGGAAGCUCAGCCAGCUGCUGCAUGCCGAUGCCACUUACGUCUUGGUUGGCGGUACCGGUGGUCUCGGCCGCAGCAUCGCCAAGUGGAUGGUUGGCCAAGGGGCCAAGAACAUUGUGCUGGUGUCCCGAACCGGCACGGCUACCGGCAAGGUUGCGGACCUUAUUGAGGAGGCCAAGGCGGUUGGCGCCAAUGUGCUUGUCCGCCCUUGCGACGUGGUCGACCGCGCUUCCGUCGACGAGCUCCUGUCUACCGGGGUGCAGGGACUUCCUCCGGUCCGUGGUGUUGUCCACGGAACCAUGGUCCUCCACGACGUGCUCUUCGAGAAGAUGACGCACAACGAGUGGGUUUCCGUGAUGGAGGGCAAGGUGCAUGGUGCGUGGAACUUCCACCAUGCGCUCGCCAACCAACCUCUCGACUUCUUUAUCGCCUUCUCGUCGGUCGCCGCCUCGGUGGGCAACAGAGGCCAAGCGUCGUACGCGGCUGGUAAUGCGUUCCUCAACGCCUUUGUGCAGUACAGGAGGGCUCUCGGCCUCGCCGCUUCUUCCAUUGAUCCGACGGCCAUCUCGGAUAUCGGAUAUCUCGCCGAGAAUGCGGAGGCGGCCGCGGAGGUGGCCAAGAACUUGGGCAGCGACUUGAUUUGCGAGGCUGAGGUUCUCGCGCUCGUGGGCGCAGCCAUCAACGGUCAGCUCGAAAAGGCCUGCAACAGCCACACGAUUACAGGAGUCCGCAUGACACCCAGCAUGCAGCCGUUCUGGACGCAGGACGCCAAGUUCAAGCACCUCCGAGAAGUCAUGGAGGAGCAGGCUGCGGCCGAGGCGACGGCAUCGUCGUCGACGACCAUUUCUUACAGUGCCGCGCUCAAGGCUGCGCAGACGCCCGAGGAGAGGGAGGACGUCGUGUGCAAGGGGCUGGUGUCCAAGAUUGCGACGGUCUUGAUGAUGGAGGAGGAGGAGCUGGAUAUCACGCGCUCGCUCUCGCACUACCCAUUGGACUCUCUAGUGGCAAUCGAGAUCCGCAACUUCAUCACCAGGGAGUUUGAGGCCAACCUCCAGGUCUUGGAGCUGCUCUCCAUCGGCUCGAUCCAGACGCUCUCCAAGGCGGUGUGCGGAAAGAGCAAGCUGGUGAUUGUUUAA